AUGGAGGACACUGGAGCCAUUGGCCAGUGGUCCUCUGGCGAGCAGCGGCCAAGCGAAAUGCACGACACAAUCAGCAAAACAUCCGUACCAAGUGCCACUGGCUCGUCACUGGUGCUGCCCGCCGGAACGCCCACCUUAAAGGACACACAGCAGUCACAGGGAGACGCUGCAGCACAGCAUGCGGAGCGAGGCGCGCGUCCCAGCAAAGCAGAUAAACGGUCCAGCAAAUCAACAACGAAGCUGCCGCCAAUUGCAGGCAAGCGGAGUAGCCAACGUGGCAGCUCCACCCAAGCAGCAGGUGCGGCUGCACCGACGCGGCCAUCAUCGAUGUCGCGGAAGAGCAGGAAAGCAACAGGCUCUCGCUCGUCGACCCCUGCUAGUAUGAAAAAGAACGCCCGUGCUACAUCCUCCGUUUCGCGGGGAAGCAGCCGCGCCUCUUCCGCCAGGAAAAGCGUGAACCGUAAAGGCUCAACACAGCCGCGUAAGUCACGAUCGGCGAGUGCGUCGCGCUCCCGCGGUGGUUCGCGUGCGUCGUCGUCGUCGCUGCGCCGCAAAUCCACAAAGGUAAAGGGCGGCAGCCGCCCCACCAGCCGGAAGGGGUCGUCACGGGGCAAAAAGGGCAAGAAGGGAAAGCGACGCUCAGUGUCACCGCGUGCUAGCGGAAAGGAUGACGCAAUUUGUGUUAUGGCAAGUUCACUGGCUGUAGCAGAGACAGUAGGGCGAGAGGCCAUCAUCGGCGAGGAGGAGCUUGCGCGUGAUGUAUUUCUGCCGGACUAUCACCUUCUCGUCAUGAAUAUAAUGCGCGCGCAGAUGACGCAGGUGGACCAGCGGCAGCAGUACCUCAACGACACAUUCAAGGCGCUGCAGGCCCACGGCGUCCACUUGGUGGCCGGCCAAGACCCCAACAUGGCGGUCGAGAUGCUGCGGGCGCAACUGCAGUCAGAAAUGCGAAAGGAGACGGAUCAGCUUCGCAUGGAGAUCGCCUCGCUUCGAGGACUCCUGGAUGAGAAGAAAACAGAAUUGGAACAAAAAACUGCAGAGGCGCAGGGCCUGCGGGACAAAAUUAACCGCAAACUUAUGCGAUUUGAAGUGGAAUGCGACUCGCUCAAGGCUGAGGUGCAGUCGGCGCUGCAGACGAAUCAACUGGAUGUGGAUCGGAUGAAGCGGGAUCUUGGCCAUCGCCUAGAUGUGGCGACUGCGUCUCUACGUACCCCGAAGUAUGACACCGCGCUGCGCUCCAUGCAGGAUUUGGUUUCCAGCGUGCAGGAGGAGAUACAAGAGCACCAUGAUACGCUGAGCAAAAUGAUUGUGUCGAUAGGCGCACAGGACACAUUCCUGCGGGAUAAGAGCGAUUCGAUGCACACAAAUUUUCCAACAAGAUACCGCGAUGAGCUGCGAAAGCUGGAUAAAGAUCACUUGCUCAAUUUACUAGAUGUUCUGUCAUUUCACGACACUACUGUAGAGACAGUUGGGAAGGCACUCUACGUGCUACAAAAAACAAAGCACAAUACAGAUGUAUUUUGA